UCCCGGUUAAGACCGGAAGCUGUGUUCUGUCUCAGACUGUAGGCUUGGGCGGCCCCGGCUCGGUCCCUUCUCUGAGAGACCCCGGCCCCGCCUCCGCCCCGCUGCCCUCCGGGCCCUCCUGCUGGGCAUGGCGGCCCAGCCCUGUCCCGGGCCGGCUUCAGAGCCCCGGGGGGCAAGCGCGGGGAGUCGUGGGGCCGGGGUGGAGGGUCCUUCGGGGCUGGGGGCGGUCGAGGGGCCGGGACCGCUCGGGGCGCGGGCCCCGCCUGAGGGUGAGGUGGCCUUGAGGAACCUCCCCGAGGGGGCCUGGCCAGCCCGGCCCUGCCAGCAAUCAAUGACCUUCAAGGAUGUCACUGUGGACUUCACCCAGGAGGAGUGGGAUCAUCUGGGCCCUGCUCAGAGGGACUUGUACAAGGAUGUGAUGCUGGAGAACUAUCAAAACUUUAUCUUCCUUGGAUUUCCAAUUUGCAAACCAGAGAUGAUUUCCCGACUAGAAAUAGGUGAAGCACGAUGGUUGAUGUUACUGAAAGAAGUUUCAAGAAACUUCUCUGCAGGUAACUAUAUGAUGGCUCCCUUUGAACCUUCUUGAUGAGGACAAUACAGCCUCGCCCAGAAGAGCAUCUACAUUUCCUGGGAUAGACUCUGUUCCCACACAUUAUUCACCUUUUGGAUGCAAAACCUACAUUUCCUGGGAAAGACUCUUUUCCCACACCCUAUCUCAAGUAUGCAAAACCCAAAUUGUUUUGUUUCUGUAUAAGAGUAAGCCCUGAGAAAAUGUCUCUUGGCAAUUCUUUGACAUUGCCCACCAAGUGAAUAUCUUGUGUCUCUCUCUUUAAUUAAGUGCCUUUUCUUAUCACAGCCUUUUGUGUUUCUCCCUUCCAACUUGCCCUAAAUUGGUGUUCUGGAGAACUAGGAGACCAACCCAUAUUCUUGCCAUGAUCCAUACCUCAUCAUUCUCUUCUGCAAUGAGAAGUCCUGACUUCUGCAUCUUGAUCCUUGUGUUUACCAAUAUUUCUUCCAGCUUUCAUUUGACUGGAUGUGUACACAAAAUAUCACCCAUAUAAUGAAUAAUGUAUGCCUUAGGGUAUCUUUUUCUUAUGGGUUCUAAAACUUGAGUAUCAUAGUUUUGACACAUUGUGGGACUAUUUUUCAUCUUUUGUGGUAGCCCGGUCCAUGUAUAUCUUUCAUGAGGGGGCCUUUAGAUUUUCUGAUGGUACGAAAAAUGCAAAAUAUUGUACAUCAUCUGGAUGUAAUUUUAUGGCAUAAAAACAAUCUUUUAGGACUAGAAUCCACAAUGGCCAGUGUUUUGGUUCCAUUGCUGGAGUCCUGGUUGUAGAGCUCUCAUGUCUUCCAUGGUCUCAUUUACUUUUCUUAAGUCUGUUAACAUUCUUCAUUUCCUUGACUUCUUUUUUAUAGCAACUAUUGGAGAAUUAUAUGGACUAUUUGUUUUUACUAGGCGUCCUGUUUGUAAUUGUUCUUAUAUUAUUUCUCGAAGAGCGAUUAAUUUCUCUUUAUUUAGGAGGCCACUGCGCAACCCAAAUGGGACCAGUGUUUUUCUAAUUUAUUUUAUCGGCAUGCUUUUUUGAAAGCCCUUAAACAGUGACCCUCAUCAAAAAUUUGUUUGAUGGUGACUUUCAUAUCUUAUAAAACGUCCCUUCUCCAAAAUGCCAUAGGGAAAGAAUAAUUUGUAAAGUUGAAAAUACCUUGUUCUUGUUCUCCAAGUUAGUUUUCUCUUACUCUUUCCUGGCCUAUUUAUUUUCCCUACUUCUUGCAUGUUGAUACCACUCUCCUCUGCUUCCCAUGGCCUACACCACUGAGCACUGUUUAUAACUGAAACUCCAGUGUCUAUUAAUCCCUAAAUAUAUCCUUCUACCUCAAUAAUCAUUAUGGGUCUAUCCUCUACUAUUUCUUGGACCCAGUAUAUUUCUUCUGAUUCUUUGUUUCCUAAUAGUAUUAAUAGUUCUAAAAUCUUAUCUCCAGGGAUGAUAUAAAAAGGUUGUGGCUCUGUAUUAAAUAUUCUUACCUUAAAUUUUCCUUCUGCUAUUUCAUUAAUUAUGGGCUCUGUCAUAAUUUCUGUGAAUUGUGCUUCCUCUGUGAGUGUUAUUACUUUUUUUUUUACUUUUCUCCAUUUUAUUUUCUGGUUGUAUUAUUUCUUGUUUUUCUGUGCUAAGGGGAAUACUUUCUACUCUUAUUUUAUUCAUACUGCCUUUUUCCAUAGUGCCUUCUGCUAUUUCCCCUUUUCUUUGUUUUAGUUGAAAGUGUACAAAGGUAUUGUUGGCUACGUGCUGUGUAAUUUGUACUGCUCGGGUUAUUUGGGAAGGGCCUGGAGCUGGGCCCCAAACAAAGUUUCUCUAAUUAUGUCUACAUUCUACAAUGGAACCCUAUUUUUUUUUUUUUUUUGCAUUUUAGACAUAUUAAAACUGAUCUAGAUAGCUUCCCCUUCUUAUUUCUGCAUUGUUUCUUAUAAUCACCCGGAAGCCCACAUCGGAAACAACUUCCUUUAGGCUCUUGGGCCUUUUGAAAUUGUCUAGGUUUUUUGUUGUCAUUCAUGACAGCUUCAUUAAACUAGACAACACUCACUCCCACACUUUCAUGAAUUAAAUCCUCAAUUCCAGCAUCCUUUGAAAGUGUAGAAAAAGCUCUUUUAUAAUCUGUGGUGGAAUUUUCCAAAGUCAAUUAUCUAAGUGAAAGAUCUGAUGCUUGUCCUCCACUUAUGAUCCUAUUAACGGAUAGUUGUAAUUUUAAUACAAAAUCUGCAAAGCUCUCUAGAGGUUCUUGUAUUAUCUUUACAAAGGAUUGCUUUUGGUCUUUUGGUACUAUUAUUUAUUUCCAGGCUCCUAUGACACAAUUUGCUAUUUUUGAGUACACCUGAAGUGUGUAUCCUAAAUUGUCUUUGGGGAUUGGCAUUGUUUUCUUUUCUUUUUUUUUAAAUAACUUUUUAUUGACAGAACCCAUACCAGGGUAAUUUUUUACAGCAUUAUCCCUUGUACUCGCUUCUAUUCCGAUUUUUCCCCUCCCUCCCUCCACCCCCUCCACCAGAUGGCAAGCAGUUCUUUACAUGUUGAAUAGG